UAUAUUAUUACAGACGUACCCUAGCCAUACCCAUAUCUUAUUUUUUUAGGUUUCGUCGUAUCUAAAUCAUAUCCGUAUCCGUGCUUCCUAGCAUUAUAGUCAUUCAUGUUGGAGCAUCCAACUGAACACUGAUUAGCAAUGAGUGGAGGAGCCCUUCAAGUAGAUAAACCGAUGUUGGUGGUCCUAAUUAUUCGAUGUUGGGUUCAAGCUCUCUUAGUACACUCCUUCACAUGGGACCCGGGCACGCACGCGGGGUCAAUAAACAAAUAAACAAGCAGCAAAUAAACAACCGUGCAUAUUGAAAAAUUCAAUUGGGUAAAAGACUUGGCCACUGACCUCCCAAGGUCUAGCUCUGAUAGCAUGUUGAAGUAUUAAACCUAAAACCAAUUGACAAUGAGUAGCCCCUCAAGUUUAUAAACCAACCUUGGUGGUCCUAAUUAUUUGAUGUGAAAUACAAACUCUUUCAACAAUUCUAUCAUCUGUUUUAUAAAGAUGUUGCCUCUUGAUUCGCCAUGCUUGGAAUUAUUAUUUUACCCUGUAAAAUGUCUGAUUGGUAAGAAUCUGUGAAUCAGGUGGUCCAAAUGUAUUGGAAACAUCGUCUCCAACAGUUUGGUUUUGCCUAUUCUAUUCUGGAAAAAUUUGACUUUUUUUUGGUGGGAUUGGGGGUCUUGUUGCACCUUUUUCUGUGUUUUUUCUUGUUUCUUCUGUUCUUGUAUUUUGGCAUAGAGUUAUUCUUAUGCUGAUCUUGUUGUGGUUAGCAUGCAUAGUUAGUUCAUGUUUAGGCGAUAGUCUGUAUUAUCCCCAAUAUUCUCUCUCUCUCUCGUUUUGCUGAUAGUUGAAGUUUGUUAGUCUGAUAUGGAAAGAAUUUGGCCAUUUGCUCUUGUCAAUGUUGCAGCGUGAAUUAGUUCAUUGCUCACAUUAUAUACUUGCUUCGAAGAGAAACUCUGUCGCAUUGUCUGCACUGCAUAGUUCGUUCUUCCCAGCAGAAGUUAGUUCAGAAUCAGCUACGACCUCCCUUAAAGGCUAUACAGAUGGUUACAAAUCAGGCAGCGAAGCCAUCCAAAGAUCAGAUGACAUAACAGUCGACAGCACAGUUGCUGGUAAACGGUUUAUAAAAUUUCGCAUGUCAAUGGACAAUGACAGAAAGAUGGAUGACAGCUCUUCCUCACAACAGAUUUCUAUGCAAAAACCUGGGGAGAGGGUAUCUCUUUCUGGGAAGACAAUCCCAAAUAGGCCUUCAUCUGUUGUGUCUUGCAACCUUUCAGAUGAUGGGGAGAAGCCAUCAAAUUAUCGGAAGCAUACGGAAACCUUUGAAAAGGAGCUUGUAAUGACAUCUGAUCAAGCAUCUAUGAAGAAUCAGCGAUUACCUAAAGGUUUUGUUUAUGUGCCAAUCCAAUGCCUUUUGAAGGAGAAGGAAACUAUUCCGGAUGAAUGUUCUGAAGGACCAUCAUAACGUCAUUGGUAGACCUGGUGGGGCAUCUCCUGUUGGGAUUUCUGUCAUCCCAUCAAAGGCUGUCCUGGAUAAAUAUUUUCUGCCUGUGCUCUGCUGCAUUGUUGUGAUUGGAAAAAAGAAUGGUGCAUUUAAUACCAAGAUAAGGUCUCUGCCCAGCCAGUGCAUCCCUAUUAUCGGUAAUUCUGAUUAGGGUAAAGAAGUUAUGGCAUCAUUGUUGUAUAUUCAUUGUGAGAGAGAAGACUGUACAGUUGGUUAGGUUUUUCCCAUUGUUGUAUAUCUGAAGGGCUGGAAUUGCUUCUCUCUUUUGUUUUUUCUUUUUGUUUUCCCCCUCAGGUGAUUGGGUGAAACAGAAGCUCAGCUUCUUGUAAUCGUACACCAGAGUUAGGUGUUGCCUACUGUGCAGGCCCCGUAAAGUUAAUGUAUAUACAGUGUCAACGCUCAAAGCAAAUUGGUGCAGAAUCAGAUAGAUAAAAGAGCAUUUAAUUUAGCUGGCAAAAUGCUAGCAGAUUGAUUGGUCUUGCUCAGCUUUUAGUUUUUUGCGCUUUAUGGAUUCACUUACUUGUUUAUGUAGAAAGUGUAUAAUUUUGAUAGUUCUCCCUGACCGAAGUUUCCGCUGUGCCUCUUUCUGGUACUGUUUCUGGGUCUUGGUAUUCUGCUUUAGUUUGUGGCAAACAAAUUUCUUCUCCUUUUUUUUUUGUUGGGGUAGGGUUGUGGGUUCCCUUCCUGGCAGAUAUUUGACAUUUGUUGGAGAAUUUAUAUAUAUUUGGAAAUU